AUGGGUGUAAUGUUCUUGGUGGCGAAGGCCGGGAGUCCGAUGACGGACGUUAUGAACGACAAAGAUUCACAACGGGAAGAGAAGUUGAAGUUGCUUCUUUUAGAUGACAUGAAUAAGAAGGAACAAGAAGUCAAACCUAUGUUGUCUAUUCAGUUGACCCAGUUUGAAUGUGGAGGAGAAGUGAUUUGUGUGUUCUUCAAUCACAAACUUUCGGAUAUGUACUCCGUAACCCACUUCAUGAGGGAUUGGGCUUCCAUUGCUCGUAGCUUCACCCACGGCGAUCUGCCGGUAGUCAAUCCUCAGUUCAACGGCGCCACCUGUUUUCCGCCUGAGUUGGAGGUCAGCGACAACCCAUCUGGCCGCCAGGAUACUUCUGGAACGAAUGAAAGAGUGGAGGUUCCGUUGUCCUUUUCAAAAUUUUGUUCUAAGAGAUUGGUGUUUGAAGGUUCGAAGAUUGCGGCUCUUAAAGCUAUGGUUUCUGAGAAAGCAGAUAAUCCAACUCGUGUUCAGCUCAUCGCUGCGUUAAUCUAUAAAGCUGUCCUUUCGGCAAAAUCUUCACUCACGGGGUGUGUGGACGGGGCAACUCAACUGCAUCUUAUGAUCAACUUACGGCAGAGAGUGGAGCCACCGUUGCCAAGAUUAAUAGGUAACAUAAUGUCACGCUACAUAGCAUCAGAGACCAGGUGGGAGCAGAGGGACAAGGAGGUAUGGGACAUAGUGGGUGGCAUGAAGAAAAGCUUAAAGGAGUUCUGUCAGAAGUUCCCAAGAGAUUACAAGAAUAAAGAGUGGGGUCGGCUUUACAAAUUACAUGCGAAACAAUCAAUGGAGAGGCUGAGAAAUAAAGGGGAUGUGGCGGUGAUUUCAUGUAGCAGCUGGUGUAGAUUUCCAGUUUAUGAUGUAGAUUUUGGAUGGGGGAAGGCUGUAUGGGUGAGUGUCCCUGAGUUUCCUGCCAAGGAUUUAAUUUUAUUGAUGGAUACCAAAGAUGGCGAGGGGAUUGAAGCGAUGGUGAGCUUGGAGGAGAAGGCUAUGGAGGCGUUUCAGCAAAAUCAAGAGUUUUUCUCAUUUUGUGAGCUCAAAAAAUAGAGCAGCUGCAGCAGCCAGCUGAAAUGGGUUUCACGUUUGGUCGUGUUGUACUGUUGUUCCUGUCACUUUCACUUCUUUAAAUGUUGUGUGUAAUAAUGUUGUGUGUAAUAAUGUUGUGUGUAAUGACACUCUCCUUUAGUAUGCAAAAAUCCAUCCUCUGUGGUGGUUGCCCAUGACAACCCCUCAGCAUUCAAUGGCCCC